AGUAGACAAUUCGUAUUGUUUAGGCGAAACUUCAAAACCAUUAAUCGUCAUGUCAUUUAUAUUGUGGUUGGCCCUGGUUUUCACUGGAUGUCUAGUGAAUUUAGAGGCUGUGGAAAUUGAUGAAAACCAUAUUCUCACGCCAGAAAAUCCUGUGCUAGACAAUUCAAUCAUCGAGGUGCCUAGGUCAGAACCAAAAAAAAAAGCAGGCCAAUUUUCAGAUAUAGAAGCAUUGUUUAAAUUCAUUAAUCGUACUAAUGAGGAAUUCAUGAGGAAUUCAGCUAGUGGAAAUAUGGACUACAAUUCGUACUUGGAUACUUUACGAUAUGCGUUCAUUGAAUAUAAAAAGGCAAAUAUGGUCGAAACCACCACUGAGCACAACUUUGUUAGUUAUGGAUGGUAAAUCAACCGAAAAUUGUCAUUAAUAAGACGUGUAUGUUAAUUUUUGUUUUGAUAUUUUACAAUGUUAUUAAUUGUAAAAUAUAUUUUGAAAAAAAUUAUCAUCCUUUGAUUUUCUAUUGAAGAAAUAAUAAAAGUAGUAAUUUAGAAAAAA